AUGAAGGGCUGGGGCCAGGUGUACGGGCCAUAUGGAGGAUAUGGUGGCAAGGGAAACAGGAUGCCCGUCAUGCAUGGCCCUGUAGAGAACAGGGUCUAUGUCAGCAAUCUUCCGUGGCAUGUGGCAUGGCAAGAACUGAAGGACCAUAUGAAAUCUGUCGGAGAGGUGGUGUACGCAGACAUCUUCACAGAGGAAACCGGCCGAUCCCGUGGAUGCGGUUUGGUGGCCUUCCGCCGUGCGGAGGACGCACAGCGGGCUGUCCUGGAACUCAACGACUCUGAACUUUCUGGAAGGCAAAUUGCCGUGCGGGAGGAUCGGGUAGACCAGAGCACGGGCGAGCGAAAGGACUGUAGGGUCUACGUCGGCAACCUUGCCUGGAUCGCAACAUGGAAGGACCUGAAGGACCACUUCAGAUCUGUUGGCGAGGUGAAACGAGCGGACAUCUUGAGCGAAGGCAACCUCGAGGGCGCUCGAUCAAAAGGCGCCGGCAUCGUGGAAUUCAGCACAAAGGAGGAGGCGUCAGCUGCCGUCGAGCAGCUAACUGGCACAGAAAUCCUCGGCCGCAAGAUCUUUGUGCGUGAGGACAGAGAGUCGAACCGCCCACAGACUCUAGCGUGGCCACCAGGAGAUGUUUGGUCCAGGGCCAUGGUGGCAGUCGCUCAAGGGCCCGGAUUUCGCAAGAGCUUCGCAGAGCCCUUCACGAAAGUGUUCGCAGGAAAUCUGCCGUACAGUGUGACCUGGCAGCAGCUCAAGGAUCACAUGCGCCAAGUUGGAGAGGUGCUGCAUGUGGAGAUCCUGAUGGACGACAACGAUGCUCGCAGAUCCAAGGGCUGCGGAGUGGUCGAGUUUGCCACCUUCGGUGCCGCGCGACGAGCCGUGCAGUACCUCCACGACUCGAUGCUGCAAGGCAGGCUGAUGUAUGUGCGGGAGUAUCAUGACGAUCUGAAGAAUGCAGGAGGUGCAACUGCAACCAAGGAUGUCAAAGCAGGGCAAAAGUUCCGCGUGAAGGUGGGCAAUGUGGCUUCGGGGACCCGCUGGCAGGACCUGAAGGAGCCAGACCAGCUCAGCCUGACUUUCGCAACCGUUUCGGUAAAUGUCGCAGAUUGUGCGGAGGGGUGCGAUUGCACUUUAACGGUCCGGGUGUCAUGCAGGGACAGGUAG